AAAAAGCCCAGAGGGAAAAAAGCAAUACUGGCAGCACGUUGGCCGAUCCUACUGUAGAUGCAAUAGUUGCCAUGCAUGGUCCAUACAAUAGCCAUACUGCCAAUAAUUCAUUCGCAACUGACAGCAUAUCGCCAGCUGCGGAUGUUGGCCGACAGGAUUCCAUAGUGGCUUAUCCCCAAAAGCUGCAACUAUUAUGCACGCUUGGCGCAUUUGUCAUGGCAUGAACCUUUGUCCAAACCCGUUUUAUCUUUGGUCCCGUCCUUGUGCCGUCACAAUCCUGGAGGCCCUUCAAAGUGUGCCAAUCAACCGCCUGCACCCGCUGUAACCACUAGCGCUAGGCAAGCCGAGCCAGCUCCAGGCGCUGACAGCCACUCCUGCAGUUCUGCCACCAACCAACCAACCACUACACGUUACCCGCCCCACCACUACCAAGCUUUCCGACCGCACGCCUGUCACGAUCACCAUCCCAUCACGAAUCGAGAUUCUGUACAGGCUGCUGCUUGCUGCCUCGACCCGCGCCGUACACUAUGCCUCGUGCCAUCCGAGGUAUGUCCAACUCUUCGAGAGCUACAAUACGCCCGCUAAUAACAGCCACUGCAGGCGUCUUGAUCGAAUGCGAUCCCUCCAUCAAGUCCAUCAUCGUGAACAUUGACAGCGACAACCACGACUUCAUCAUCGAGGAUCUUGACGAGGAGCGCGUCGUGGUUAAAGAGAACAUGGUCGCCCUUCUCAAGUCAAAGCUCGAAGACCGAUUAAAGGAAAACCUCCCACCUGUCGACGAAUCUGGAUCCGAGUAAAUAACUACAACCAUCCUGUACAUAUACCAACGACUCUUACGAAUUAUGAAUUGAAGAAAAAGUUUUUA